ACCAAAUCCACCACGGUUCAUAGCCAUUCAACUAUAUCCUAACCUCUUUACUCCUCUCUCACCGAAUCAAAAAUGAAAAUCGCUACUCUCACGGCAUCUGUAGCGCUGGCCGCCCUGUCUGCUGUUUCGGCUCUCCCUUUGAUGUAUAACUCUGUGUUGUCCCCUCGUGCAGACACCUGCCCUGCUGAUGUGCUUUCCUGCACUGCAGAAUCGUCUGGUGUGGAUGCAUGCUGCUUGCCCGGAAUGGGGUUGAUCCUCUUGACUCUUCAAUGGUACAACGGAUUAGGACCAGCUGACGAGUUCACCAUUCAUGGACUCUGGCCCGAUACAUGCUCAGGAGGACAAGGUCCUUCUACAGGUUGUGAUGCCAAUCGAAUCUAUGAUAACAUCGAAACCCGCCUCAAGGCCUACCCUGGAACCCCUGCUGGCUUCAUUGAUCAAUUGAAUACCUACUGGUCUUCAUACAAAGGCGAUAACAACGCUUUCUGGGCCCAUGAAUGGUCCAAGCAUGGCACCUGCAUCUCCAACCUGGCCCCUAAUUGUUCAUCCAACUAUGUUCAAGACCAGGAUGUAUACAAUUACUUUAGCAAGACAUUGGCAUUGCGAUCGCAAUACAACCUGUACAAGGCCCUUGCGGAUGGGGGUAUCACUCCUGGAUCAAAUCCUAAUACUGCAGACAUGCACACAGCAAUCAAGAAAGCAUUUGGCGUUGAUGCUCAAAUCAACUGCAACUCAGGUGCCUUGAGCGAGAUCUGGAUCUAUUUCAAGGUCAAGAACCACGAUCAAUAUGUUCCUGUGGAUCCAUUGACUCAAGGUUCAUGCAAAGGUUAUAUCUCGUACCCAGUCAAGAGUGGGUCUAUUAAGCCUUCUACUUCAUCGAUCACGAAGCCUACUACCACCAUCCCUACCAUCACGAGUGUUAAGCCUACAGCGACUUCUCCUACAGGUCCUAUUCCCACGGGUAAGCAGACGGGUCGUUGUUCUAUCCCUAACGCUACUGUCUGUGUCAGUCCAGGUGUUUCAAAUCAGUAUUCCAAAUGCAACAAUGGUUACUGGGUCUUGAACCAGUGCAAGACGGGUCAAGUUUGCUAUAGCGAUACCAACACCACUACCCACUGUGCCUAAUUGAUCUAUCUCUGUCUAUCUUCGCCUAUACAUAGUUUUCUAACAUACUUUACGAUAGCACACAGUGCUACUGCCAUCAUUACCACCUUUACCAUCCUUGUGAGAGAGAGAGCUGUGAAAU